AUGAUGCAGCUGAAGAACGGGGAUGCAGCGUACUACCACAGUGCAGAAUACUGCAGAAAUUACACUUCGCCGCCUGUCAGCUACGGUGACAGCAACCAUUAUCUUGCCCGAUUGCCAGGCCCAGAGAACAUGUUGAAGCCUCCUCUGAGUCUCUUCAGCCAUCCUCAGCAGCCUUUCCAACGCAUGGACUCUCUGCACCAGCUGGGUCCUCCGCCAAUGGCGCCUACGCAGCCUCUUGGCCCUCCACCCAUUGCCCCUGCUCAGGCAAUUGGACCCCCAACUAUGGCUCCCACCCAGACUCUAGGGCCCCCUCCCUUAAGUGCUACUCACACAUUAAGGCCUCCCCCCAUUACCCCACCACACAGCUUAGGCCCCCCUCCAAUGACCCCAGCUCAGCCACUGGGGCCCCCACCAAUGCCACACACCUUGGGGCCCCCACCUGUAGAUCACACACAAGCAAUCGUGCCUCCCACCAUGGACCUCACACAACCAUUGGGGCCGCAUCCUCUGAACCCCGCACAAGCACUGGUGCCCCCACAUGUAGUUGCCGGACGAUUCCCCCUCCCUCCCAGCCCCCUGUCGUCCCCUCCUGCUCCGGGCCCUGACCCUUCACAGCUGCCCCCGCGGCCCCCAGGACCAGCUCACAUCCCAGCUCCGGUGUCCGGCCUCAUCCCCGGUCAUCUUCCGGGUCAGGCAGCCCCAGCCAGUGAGCAGCACCAGGAUGAGGGCUCUCCGCUGGGGAUGGAGGAGCAGGAGGACUCUCUGGGGCUGGAGGAACUGUGUAAACCGCUGUACUGUAAACUCUGCAACGUUACCCUCAACUCGGCUCAGCAGGCACAGGCUCACUACCAGGGGAAGAACCACAGUAAAAAGUUGAGAAAUUUCUACGCUGGCAGUCAACAGCCACCAGCCAUUAGGAUCCCAGAAGUCCUCGAUGUGGCUGGCCAGACAGCCCUAAGCUCAGGAUCCAAUGACGGUGACGCAGGCAGGCAGGCGCUGUACAAGGGGGCGACACGGGUCAUCUUGGCCACAGAGAAUGACUAUUGUAAGCUGUGUGACGCUUCCUUCAGUUCACCAGCAGUUGCACAGGCCCACUACCAGGGCAAGAACCACGCCAAGAAACUGCGGCUCGCCGAGGCCCAGCAGAACUCCAAUAACAUGGAAGGCAGCAACGAGGCAGCGCCAAGAAGAAACAGGAAAGAUGGCAGUGAGUACAGACUGGUGAAAAACCGCCGCAGCCCACAGCUAUCUGCCUCCAUGCCAGGGCCGUACUACAACCCCAGACCGAGGCAGCGCAUCCCCAGGGACUUGGCCAUGUGUGUGACUCCCAGUGGACAGUUCUACUGCUCCAUGUGCAACUGUGGAGCCGAGCAGGAGACAGACUUCAGGCAGCAUCUGGAGAGCAAGCAACACAAAGCUAAAGUGUCAGAGUUAAGAUACCGCCACGAGAUGGAGAACCUCGGCUACAGCUAAGGGACACGUGAGGAGAGGGGGGUAAGAGAAAAGACAGAGAAUAGAGCGGGACAGA